AUGACAGAUUCCACUAACAUAUUGAAUAUUGAUUCAAGAGAAUCUAGUCAAGAUGAACAACUUGAAGAUUACUAUACUACUGAACAAAUAAAACAAGCUAAUGCGAGUGUUAAUCAAGAUUAUUCUAAACAUUAUGUUCGUAUAACAAUAAAAAUUCCACAAAUGAGAACUGGUCUUAAUUGGCGUAGUUUUACUCGUGAAGCAAAAAAUGGUUUGACAACUAAAGCAACAUAUCAUGGAACUCGAGUUUAUUUUGAAUUUAUUAUUGAUCAAGAUAAACCAACAGAAACAAAAUAUGAAUACACAUCACGUGAGCCACUUCGUGGUCCAAUUGAAUAUAAAAAAA